AUGGAGUGCGACAAGAUAGCCAAGGACUUCGCCAGCAUCCUGGACGAGCUGACGUGCAACUCCAAGCCCAUCAUCAGCACGCUCACCAAGAUGGCCGAGGAGAACAUCGGAUGCGCGCAGCAGAUGGUCGACGCGAUCGAGCGGCGCAUCGAGCGCUGCGUGCCCAACCAGAAGCUGUACGCGUUCUACGUGCUCGACUCCAUCUGUAAGAACGCGGGCUCGCCCUACACCAUCUACUUCUCGCGCAACCUCGCCCAGCUGUACAAGCGCACGUAUCUCAUCGUCGACAACCAGACGCGCUCGGACCUCAUCAAGAUGUUCAAGACGUGGCUGAUGCCCAGCAGUAGCUCCAUGGGCGACCACCUGUUCGGCAAGGAGGCGCUGGACGCCAUUGAGCGCUUUCUGGUCAAGGCCAGCGCGCUCCAUCAGAAACACGUCGCCGCGCCGACCGUGCCCGGACUGCUGCGCGAGAUCGACAAGCUCAGCCUGCUGACCCGCGAGCGCGCCGCCCAGAAUCCGCAUGACGCCAAGCUCAAGACAAAGGUCGUCGUGCUGCAGCAGCUCAAGCAGGAGCUGCAGCGCGAGAAGAUGCCGCCGCAGGCGCUCCAGCAGGUCCAGAUGCAACUCCGCCAGAUCUUCGCCCAGGAACAGCAAGUUUUGCAACAACAGCACCAACAACAGCAACUGCAGCACCAGCACCAACAGCAGCGCCUACCCAGGAAGGCCCUAAGCACGCCCCCGCCGCAGGCGCCGGGCGCUACGCCCGCCCCCAGGGAAUCUGAGCCCGUGUCCCUCUUCGGCACCCCGUCGCUAUCGUCCUCGUUCUUCCCAAACGCCUCCAACAUCCAACCGCCGACCUCCGAGCCCUCCCAAAAGGCUUCCAAGGUCCAAGCUCUUUACGACACGCUGCGCGCCGAGGGCCUGGUCAAGCCUGUUCCACAGCAGUCCGUUGUUACCUUAGACCGCAUCCUCUCCCAAAACCACAAGGAGAGCGCACAAACCACCUUGCCACCUCUGAAUCUCCUGAAGGACAUUCUGGGGGACGUGCAGUCCCAUUUUUCCACCGUGGGCGUCGACAUCCUCAACACCCCAAACCUGCAACUGUGUCAGCAAACCGUCAUCCAGGACAAUCCCACCGUAAUGCAGCUCAGACACCUGCUUUACCGCUACAAGCCUAAUAAGUGCAGCACCUGUGGCAAGAGGUUCGGCUCGUCCGAGGAAGAAAAAAAGCAGGAGCGAGACCAUCUGGAUUGGCACUUCAGAAUCAACAAGAGGAUCAAGGGCACGGCAGGCGCAAACGGCGCCACUGCCAAAAACAUACAGUCCAGAAACUGGUACCUGGACGAUACUCAAUGGCAGCGCUUCAACGACGAGGAGAUUGUUUCGACUACGAGAUCAGAGACCGACUCCGUCACGUUGGCAAACCUGGAUGCCAGCACUGCUUCCUCGUCCUUCAGCACCUCGAAGUUCGAUGCAAAAUCUGCCCCGGAGAAGACAGAGGCAGAUCUCGCAAAGAAAUAUGUCACUGUGCCGGAAACGCACGAGGACAUGUCCUUUCAGUGCCCGAUUUGCAGAGAAGUCCAAUCUGCUGUUUACAACGACGAUAUUGGGGAGUGGAUCUGGCCCAACUGCAUCCAAUCCCAGGGGAAGUACUUCCACUCUACGUGCUUCCAUGAAGCUGUGGAAGAGACUCCGCAACAAGCUCUUAAUCAGGGCUUGGAACGCUUGAAAGGCUUGGCUGGAUAA